AUGGCUACAGAUGUGGCUUUUGAUACGAGCAUGGGCUCGUUCACCGUGGAGCUCUACAAUAAGCAUGCGCCCAAGACAUGCAAAAACUUCGCGACCCUUGCACAGAGAGGCUACUACAACAACGUCGUCUUCCACCGCAUCAUCCCCAACUUCAUGGUACAAACUGGCGAUCCCACUGGCACCGGCCGAGGAGGAAGCUCGAUCUACGGAGAGAAGUUCGAGGACGAGAUCCAUGCCGGCCUCAAGCACACCGGCGCCGGCAUACUGAGUAUGGCGAACAGUGGACCGAAUACCAACGGCAGUCAAUUCUUCGUCACCCUUGCGCCAACCCCGUGGCUGGAUGGAAAGCAUACUAUUUUCGGUCGCGUCAAGAGCGGAAUGCGGGUGAUACAGCGCAUGGGACUAGUGAAAACAAAUGGCGAGGACAGACCGGUAGACGAGGUCAAGAUCCUUCGCGCCAGAGUUGUGGAAGAGGGAGGAGAAGAAUGA